UGUAGUCCAUACAUACUAAAUGGCAGUUCACGUGGACAGGUGCUCGUUCGGUGCUGCAAAUAUAUAAUUCAAAAAGUACAUUUUGUCUUGUCUAUUAUAAGUCUGUUGUUAAAGGCUGCAUAGGGAAUGGCAUUCAGUUUUAAUUUUGAUGUGGGGGUAGAAGCGGACCCUCCUUUGCUGAGUGCGGCCGAGGAGAAGCCGAAACUUGAAAAAGAGGUCCGGCGCCAGGAGGACGAAAACAAAGAGGCGGGAAAGCACCAAGACAGCACGGUGGAGACAGGAGUAAAAAAAGCCAAGGAGCACAUUCCCCCCCAGGACUGUGAGCACCUACUGGAGAACACAGUCACCGAGACCUUUUCCUUGGGAACGCUACCCCCAAUCCAUUACCUCAAUGAGUCUGUCCUAGAGCAGACAGCCUCCGAACGUGCUGACCGGGAAAUGAUCCUGUCCCAGAACAUCGGCUCUCACUCCGACCUCAUCUCGGGGGUGUACGAGGGAGGCUUACGCAUUUGGGAGUGCACCAUUGACCUCCUUGAGCACCUGGAGAGCGAAGGAGAGACUUUCUCUGGGAAACGAGUGCUCGACCUUGGCUGUGGGGCUGGAUUGCUAGGAAUUUUGGCUCUAAAGAGAGGGGCCAAGGAGGUUCAUUUCCAGGAUUACAACAGCACAGUGAUAGAGGAAAUGACGCUGCCAAACGUGCUCCUCAACUGCGACGAUGCGGAUGAGGAAGGGAACUCAGACAGCGCAGCCUCAAAGAAGAAAUCACCAGAGCUCCCCCCACAGGUAGGACUGGCCAGGUGCAGAUUCUUCUCAGGAGACUGGACCAGCUUUCUUUCCCUUGUGCUGAGCAGCGAGCCACAUCCACAGUACGACCUCAUCUUCACCUCAGAGACAAUCUACAACACGGCUUAUUAUCCCUCCCUGCAUGAGGUGUUGUUGCAGCUUCUCGCACCAGCAGGCCUUGUGUACCUGGCUACCAAGGCACAUUACUUUGGGGUCGGGGGAGGCCUUCAUCUCUUUGAGAGUUUUGUGGAGCAGAAAGAUGUUUUCAACAUCAAGAGCCUGAAGGAGGUAGAGGAAGGGCUUAAGAGGCACGUGGUGGCUUUGAGCUUCAAGAAGAGAGACUAACUGAAGUCAGGGCAGCAAUAACCCCACAUAUACCUGGGAUUGGUCAGGGGGAAAAGUUUUUCCAGGACAAUAGGCUGCAAAUUAUAAAUGAUUAUGAUUUAUGAAUACUUUCUUUAGUUAUGUAUAGACUGUACGUGAGCCUACAAUAAAGUUACAGCAGUGUGAAA